GAAGCUCACUUCGACGUCAGAUGAACUGCAUCCAAGGGUUAUAAUCAACCCCUUCCUCCCCGCGGCCAUAUGCACUGCAACUACAUGCCAUAUUAUUCUUAAAUUCCUUUUCGUCGAUAAUGUCUUUAGACUCGCCCACGUACUUGAACUCUUUGCAGAACAAUAUCCGUGCCCGGCCUAUUCCAUGGGAGGGCGCAGUUCGAGCUGGAAGCAUCACCGAAGAGCAACUCAGGCGGGUCAAGGCUGUCGAUAAGGUGAGGAAAGAUCAAAGGCAAAAAGCGGUUGAAAAGGAUUUGAGCGCCUAUACAAACCUUCUCGCUGGUGGAAGCUCCGGGAAGAGUAUUUUAGAGUCUGCCGCCAGGCGCGCCGACAUCAUCCAGUAUGUUUUGGUGCUUGCCGGGGAUCUAAUCAACGAUGCUCCGGCUCUCAAGAAAGCACUGCUCGAAGACCAGGGAAGCUACCGACAUUUCCUUCCUCUACUCCAGCACUCUUCCACCCCCGAAGACCCGAUCCCACUUUUAGCCUCGUGCUUCUUAAUCAACCUCAUCUCCGCCUCCUUGCUUUCCUCCCAGAAAACCAGGCGGAAGGAUGAAGAAGCCCUUCCGCGACUUUUCUCGUAUCUUGCGACAUUAACCAAAAAUGCGGACACCGGCCUUCAGGAUAUUGGUGUGCAGGGCUUUUCAGAGCUCUUAAGGACGUCACGAUCUAGGGAGUUGUUUUGGGACCACAGGGCGGCUACUGUGGAACCGCUUAUGGACAUUUUGCGCGCUGCUGCAGGGUCUGGGAAAGACAACGGAUCUACCACCCUCGCUGGAAGCAGCGCCCGAACGGCUGAAAUGAAGAUUGGAGGCGGUGUAGGGAUCCAGCUCCUGUAUCAUGUGCUCAUCGUGAUCUGGGAGCUUAGCUUUGAGGGUAAGCUGGUCGGUGACCAGCUAGAAUCGGAUCAUGAAAUUAUCGCUCUUUAUGCACAUCUUUUGCGAAUUUCUCCGAAAGAGAAAACCACUCGUCUGCUUGUCUACACGCUUUUGAACAUCCUUUCCACCAACAAGACAUCUCUACUCCCCGUGGCCGUGUUCGUCGGCCUCCCUUCCUUGUUGACUACCAUGGGUGCUCGACACUAUGUCGAUGAAGAUCUUCUUGAGGCUAUGCAAUCUCUAUCUGAUAUGCUCGAAGAAUAUACCAAAACACAAACUACCUUCGAUACAUAUGCCGCGGAAGUUAUGUCAGGCCAUUUAAGAUGGUCCCCGCCUCACAAGAAUACAACCUUCUGGCGUGAAAACGCCCGCCGCAUCCUCGACGAAGAGCGUGGGCAGCUACCAAAAAAGCUUGCUGAAAUCCUAUCGAAGAGCUGGGAGACGGAUAAGCAAGUGCUGGCAAUCGCAUGCCACGAUGUUGGUUGUCUGGUACGGGAAGUUCCGGAACGUCGUCAUCAACUCGAAAAGCUGGGCCUUAAGGCUCGGGUUAUGGAGCUGAUGGCCGACCGGGACGAAUCCGUUAGAUGGGAAAGCUUGAGAGCUGUUGGGGAAUGGUUGAGAUAUACCUUUGACAACUGAGGUCUUAAUUAAAACUGCCAUGAUUCCCGGACUCUCUUGUAUAUCAGCGACAUUCGACUCCUGAUUGACAUCCUUUGCUAAUCUA